AUGAUUUUUUUUGUUACCUUUAAAGCGAUGUGUAAUAUAGAAUCUCUAUAUGCCUCUUUAUUACACUCAAAACUAGCUCAUCGCAAGAAUAUAUCCACCCCCAAGAAAGCCUCCAGUAUCCGAUCCCCCUCACUUACCAUGGGUGUUCAUUCUCUAUGGGAUAUAGUCUCGCCCACAGCCAAGCCUGUGAGGCUAGAGUCCCUCAACGAACGUCGGAUGGCAGUCGAUGCCUCCAUCUGGAUUUACCAGUUCCUAACAGCAAUGAGAAAUAAAGAAGGUGAUGCACUCCGAAACGCUCACAUUAUUGGGUUUUUCAGAAGAAUAUGCAAAUUGCUAUACUACGGGAUCAAACCUGUGUUUGUUUUCGAUGGUGGUGUGCCCGUGUUGAAGCUAAAUACCAUUAGGGAAAGAAAAGAGAGAAGGCAAGGGAAAAGAGACAGUGCGAAUGCGACAGCUAGGCGAUUGCUAGCCAAGCAAAUUCACCAAUCGCAAGUCGAGAAGGAAGCCUCGCCCAAAAAAAAGAAUGAGAAUAAGUCGGAUGAAGUUUCCUCCAAAAACCAACCUUUCUACCCGCAUGACGAAUACCAUUUACCGGAUAUUAAAGGGUUUUCGUAUGAGAAGGGCGACAUGAGAAUCACAGAUAGUGAGGAUUACAAGACCGUGAUGGACCAGAUUGAUGAUUUGGAUGGAAUUGACUUGGAUACGGUGAAUCCGGCCUCAAAGGAGUUCGAUGAGUUGCCCAAGUCGACGCAAUAUUUGAUCUUGUCGGCUUUGAGGUUGAAAUCCCGGCUUAGGUUAGGGUAUACCAAGGAACAGCUAGAGCAGGUGUUCCCAGAUAGCAUGGAGUUUUCAAAGUUUCAGAUUGAAAUGGUGAAGAGAAGGAACUUCUUCACGCAAAAGUUGAUGAAUGUGACCGGAAUGCACGACGGUGGUGCUUCCAAGUUGAACGAGGAAGUUGUCAAUCGAGUCGCUGGACAGCGAGACCGACAAUAUGCGCUAAUACGUACAGAAAACGGGUGGGCAUUGAGUUUGGCGCAGAAUGAUGGUUCGGAAUCGGCUAAAGCUAUUAAAUUAGAAGACGAUGACGACGACGAUGAAGCGGAAAACCUGGAUUGGGAAGAAGUGGAUACCAAACCAAAACCUAAAAAAAAGGAACUCGACUACUCCAUCAACGCAUCGCUCCUACCCCGCUUGUCAUCUACAAAGAUGCAAGGUGGGAGUCAAUCAUUCUUGGACAAGAGGCCGGACCUUGCGCCAACGACUUCUCACUUGCUAGAUGAGGAUGGUGAAAAGAAUAGUGAGGAAGAGGAUGAUUACGUACAGUUGCUCAAGGAAACAAGAGCUAUGGCACAGUACCAGGAAUCUCAAUCGCGUUUGAAAGAACAGCCGCCAAUUCAAGUGAACUUAGAAAGCUCAGAAGCUGAAUCUGAAUCUGAAGCUGAAUCUGAUGGAGAGUUCGAAGAUGUUAAUUUCAAACCAACUAGUAUACCUCCAAAUGUUAGGCCAUCUACAGAGUCUAGUAAGGAUCUUGAACCUAUAUCAGGCGGUACUGGCGGUGCUGGUGCUGCUGGUGCUGCUGGUGCUGGUGCUGCUGGUGCGGAACCACCACUAACACACUCAACGAAAAGUACCGCAAUCCCAGUCUUGGAUAACCAGGAAUCCCGCAAGGACCUUGAGAAUAUUGUGAACAAAAUACCCCAGUUCUCCUUUUCUUUGAAUGUAAAGGGUAAGGCCUUCGAAAAUGAAAAGCCGAGUGAAGAGCCUAGUGCCCCGGCUGAGAAGAAAUCGAAGGGCAAAAGCACCGAUGCCCCGGUACCGGAAGUGCCGGCAUGGUUCUCUUCGAGUACUAAUGAUAACCCAUAUAAUCAGAGUUCUUUUGUUACAGAUAGAGAACCAAGCAAUUCAAAGACUGAUGAGAACUACGGAUUGCUUACCGGCGAGGCAGCCCAAGAACUUGUCAGAAACAGGGCACGCUUUCACCAAGAGGUUGUAGAGUUGAACGAUGAGAGCGACAGCGACAGCGAUAAGGAAGACGUUAUUGAGAUUCAGAACCCAGAGCAAGAAGUGAAAGAAACUAGUGCUCCUAAAACUGAUGCCGGGUCUCAGCCCGAGUCUGAGUCUGAAGCUGAAUCUGAGCCUGCUUCUGAUUCUGAUUCCGAAGUUGUGAGAGAACAGCUUCCUCUUCUAGACUAUGAUUUCUACGAAGAUGAAGAAGAACGGUUAGCUGAACAGCUAACCAAAGAGCAAGAAGACUACAACCAGUUUAAGUCUGUGUUGAAUCCAAACUUAGUGCAGAAUGCGUUUUUAGAUGAUGACGAAAUAUAUGAACAGCAGAGGAAGGACAAAAGAGAUGCUGACGAAGUCACCGUAGAAAUGAUUCAUGAGAUUCAAAGUCUUCUUUCGAGAUUUGGGAUUCCGUACAUUACUGCUCCUAUGGAAGCAGAAGCACAGUGUGCGACCCUUCUACAGCUUAAAUUGGUCGAUGGUAUUAUCACAGACGAUAGUGAUGUGUUCUUAUUCGGUGGGACACAUGUUUACAAGAACAUGUUCCAGGAGAAAAACUACGUUGAGUAUUAUAGUCUGGACCUCCUAGACCAAAAGCUCGGUCUUGACCGUGAUAAGCUCAUCCAACUCGCUCAACUAUUGGGAAGCGAUUACACAGCAGGUUUGAAAGGGAUCGGUCCCGUGAUGGGUGUCGAAAUCCUAGCUGAAUUUGGAUCUUUAAAAGAAUUCGCCAAAUGGUACAACGAGGGCCAGUUCGAUAAGCAGAAGCUAGAAAACGAAACCACGUUCCAAAAGCAACUAAGGAAAAGACUUGUGAAGAAUGAUAUAGUUCUCGACGAGAAUUUCCCCAGCGCUGCUGUCUACGACGCAUACAUCCACCCAACAGUCGACUCGGAUAAGACUAAAUUCGUGUGGGGCUCUCCAGAUUUGGAUAAGCUAAGAUCUUUCCUUCAACAGACCAUCGGCUGGAACAGGGAGAAAUCAGAUGAAGUUCUAGUGCCAUUAAUUCGCGAUUUGAACAAACGUAAGUCCACUGGUGUACAAAAACGCAUUAAUGAAUUUUUCCCUGUGCAGUACCUCCAGCAAGAGAAACAAUACAAGUUGGGUAAGAGAAUUGAGACUGCGACUUCUAAAUUGAAAAAGAGAAGACUAAAAUAA